UAUUGACACUAAUGAGCAAGUUCUUCCCACCGGUCUCCUGCCUGGAAGUGCUGACAGAUCAAGGCAACAAAUUUCAAUUACAAGCCCUAAUUUGUGUCCGCAGAGCGUUUGUUACCCAUGUCAGAGCUGUUUGGCCCCUCAGACGAAGCAGAGCUUGCAGGAAGAAGAAGAGGAGGAGGAGGGGGAGGAGGGAGAGGAGGAGAAGAAGAAGAGAAGCGCUGCUUUUCCAAAAAGGAAUAGAUCGGGCUUGGGAAGAAAAGAGGAGGGAAAGGGAGAAGAGGAGGAGGGGGGACACGAACCCCAAACCUCUUUGGGCUGCCUGAAGUCGGAUGUAAAAGAGAAGGAGGCGACGCGAAGGCGGACGGCGCGGCCUGGAAGGAGGCGAUCAGGCGCCCGGGGAAGAGUGGCGGAGGGCUCCCAGCCCGGCCCGGGCAUGGCGGAGAAAAGGCGAGCGUCCCCGUGCGCCAUGCUGAGCCUCAAGGCGCACGCCUUCUCGGUGGAAGCCCUCAUCGGCGCCGAGAAGCAGCAGCAACAGGAGCAGCAACAGCCGCCGAAGCGGAGGAAAGUGGCCGGGGAAGAGGCGCCACCGGCGGCCGCCGAAGGGGCGAGCAGCUGCGGGAAGGGCGCCGCCGAAGGCGCGGACGCUUUGGCGCCCAGCGCCGAGACGGGGCCGGCCGCGGCCGAGAGGAGCUGCGGGGUCCGGGCUCUGCCUCCCGGUGGCUGCGAGGACAGUUUCCUGAGCGCUACGUCGCCGCCGCUGUCCCCCGGAGGCCCCGCCAAGGCCAAAGGCUCCUCCCGGCCUGCUUCUCCCUUGCUGGCCCCGCCGGUGCCUCGCGUCGACCUGCAGGGCGCCGAGCUCUGGAAGCGCUUUCACGAGAUCGGCACCGAGAUGAUCAUCACCAAGGCGGGGAGACGGAUGUUUCCUGCAAUGAGAGUGAAAAUUUCAGGCCUAGACCCUCAUCAGCAAUACUAUAUUGCCAUGGACAUUGUCCCUGUGGAUAACAAAAGAUACAGGUAUGUUUAUCACAGCUCCAAAUGGAUGGUAGCUGGGAAUGCUGAUUCGCCGGUUCCUCCCCGUGUGUACAUCCACCCAGAUUCACCCGCCUCAGGAGAGACUUGGAUGAGGCAGGUGAUUAGCUUUGACAAACUGAAACUUACAAACAAUGAACUGGAUGACCAGGGACAUAUUAUCCUCCAUUCUAUGCACAAAUAUCAGCCACGUGUCCAUGUCAUUCGGAAGGACUGUGGGGAUGACCUCUCCCCAGUCAAACCCAUUCCUUCCGGAGAAGGAGUGAAGGCAUUCUCCUUUCCUGAAACUGUUUUCACAACUGUCACGGCAUACCAGAACCAACAGAUUACCCGACUCAAGAUUGAUAGGAAUCCAUUUGCCAAAGGAUUUAGAGAUUCUGGACGCAACAGGAUGGGAUUAGAAGCUUUAGUAGAGUCUUAUGCAUUCUGGAGACCUUCACUGAGGACACUUACAUUUGAAGAUAUACCUGGGAUCGCAAAACAAGGAAACGCUGGCUCUUCUACUUUGCUCCAGGGAACCGGAAAUGGAGUACCAACCACUCACCCCCACCUGCUCCCGGGGUCCCCUUGUUCUUCUCCUGCCUUCCACCUUGCUCCCAACACUAGCCAGCUCUGCAGCCUCGCUCCAGCUGACUACACAGCUUGUGCCCGUUCCGGUCUAGCCCUUAACAGAUACAGCACUUCCCUGGCCGAAACCUACAACAGGCUUACAAACCAAUCCAGCGAGACCUUUGCAACCCCAAGGACUCCCUCCUAUGUCGGUGUGUCGGGCAGUUCGACCGUGAACAUGCCCGUGGCAGGCAGCGAUGGCGAUGCAUUCGGCUGCCCUCAGACAGGCUUAUCGAUGCAGAUUUCAGGGAUGUCUCCGCAGCUGCAGUAUAUCAUGCCCUCGCCGUCGGGCAACGCCUUCGCUGCAAAUCAAACCCACCAGAGUUCCUACAACACUUUCAGGCUGCACAGCCCCUGUGCUCUGUACGGAUACAACUUCUCCACAUCCCCCAAACUGGCUGCCAGUCCUGAGAAAAUCGUUUCUUCCCAAGGAAGUUUCUUGGGGUCGUCGCCAAGUGGAACCAUGACCGAUCGGCAGAUGUUGCCCCCUGUAGAAGGAGUGCACUUACUUAGCAGCGGGGGGCAGCAGAAUUUCUUUGACUCCAGGACCCUAGGAAGCUUAACGCUGUCAUCAUCUCAAGUAUCUGCACAUAUGGUUUGAUAAAGCCUUUUUAAAACAAAAGUACAUUGGUUUCUACAAUGUAUUUCCUUUUUGGGAUUAUGCUAAGGUGAUUAAUGUGCCUAGUAAGGUGUUUAUGCUUUAAAAAAAAGUCAUCAAGGGAAGUUUGACUUAAUCUUUUGACUUGCCUAUCGGCAGAUAUUUAAAUAUGUGCUCGUGUUCAGAGUUAAGCCAAGUUUGUUUGCAGAGCAGCCCAUUUAGUUUCCUGGUAGCAAUAGACUUCAUUUUAUAACACGUUUGGCCAUAUGCAACAAAUUAAGAAGGGCUUCCUGCAGCACUCUUUCCCCCCACAUCUUUCCCUCUUUAAAGAACAAAACAACACUCAGGUCUGAUUUAGAUGAAACAAAAAACACUUUUAAAAUAUAUAUAACUACCAUUUUGUAACAGCUGUCCUUAAAGCGUUCUUACCACAACGUGCUGGUGCCACAAUGCACGCAUUACUUCUCUGUUGUAAGAGAGAUAAUAAACAUAUGUGGGCUUGCAUUAGGCUUAGUUCAGAAGUCUGUCAAAUCUUCUAAAUAAAGGGACAGGAUGAUCUCCCUUCUCAAUCUUUGUGGUGUAUCUGGCUUUUCAUUGGCACACCAUUGCUUUGCGAACACAUAGGAGCACUAUGAAGAGACAACGACCUAAAUUAAGCAUUGGAACAGGCGACACGGCCUAUUUUUCUGUACAGAAUGAAUUUAAAGGAGGCUUGCUCCAUGUGAAGAGAGUAUAAAGAUGAUAGAGAUUUUUAUAUUUUAAAAUAUUAAAUAUAUGUUUGCAAAUAUAAAAGACAAGGCAGGACUUCUACAUAUUUCCAUAAGCUUUCUAUUUAAGAAUGGUGUUAGGAACAGUAGCAGAAUGGUGGAGAGGGAGCGUGGCACUUGCCUGAGCUGGUAGGUGGGUCACUGCUGCUUAAGAGGAAGGAGAAGCAGAGGGGCAAGGUGCUAGGCAGGUUGGCACUCUGCAAUUUGUAUCAGCAGGAACACCAUAUUGGCUCCACCAAUGCAUUUGCCCAGUGGCCUGCCUGCUGCCUUACUCCUCCCUCCUGGUAAGCAGCAAUGAUCUACCUGCUGGGGCGUCAAGUAAGCAUCGCUACUAUUUCCCACUAUCCACUCCAGGGUAGGGUGCUGUGGAAAAUCACCCUUUCUGUUUCUGUAGUUCUACAAAUCAUUUGCUCACACACCUUUGUCACAAUAUAGCUAAGGCUGCAAUCCUAUAUGGUACACCCUUUUCUACAAGGAAGUUCCACUGCACAGUGGUGCUUACCUCUGAGUAGACAUGCAUGAUAUCACACUAUAAACCUUAUUGCUAGCUUGUUUUGAGUGUGUUCCCAAGAGCAGAAGAACAUACUGCAUAGGUUUGGAUCAUCUGAAGCCUCUUCUUUCCCUGCAGUGCCCUGCAGUGUGUUGACAGACUUCUGCCACAUCUUGUGGUGACACUGGCAACUGGUGUAAUGCAAGGAGCUUCAGUCAGAAUGGAAAAAUGGCCAUGCUUCAGUAAAUGUGCAGAAGCAGCAAUGUACAUUUCUUAUAACCUCUUCAAAACCCUACAAGUAUGAUGUUUCUAGUUGUGGGGUAAGAAACCUAUAACAUACACAUUUUCUGCUUGCACUACCACAGGCAACAGUUGUUCCCCUUCAAUACACAAAACUUUAGUAUUUCCCUGCCCCCAUCCCAACAAACACUUGAUUAUAAUUUUUUUCUCCUGAUCAUUUUCUGAAUAUUUGUUUUGCCCGUAGACCUUAAAAGGAAGAAAAACAUCAAUGAGACACAAUUAAAAUAACUAUACCGCUGUGCUAUGUAGAAUACUAGAACUGCAACUGCAGAAGAAACUGUUCGUUACCCUUUUAGUAAUCUUACAUCUGCAGAGCAGUGAAACAAGAGUAGAAGUAUUCAGGUCCAGAAAUAUUGUGUCUGGUUAUUCCAAUUGCAGGUAGGAUUUGUUCAGACUUAAGCAGCGGCUCUUGUCAGAUAAGUUCUGAGAAGUUCUUGUAUCUGUUAUACCUGGUAUUUUGAAUUUGAGUGCCCAAUUUUAAACUUGAGCCACAUUCCGGUAUAAGAGGUUGGGAUCCAAAAAGCCUUGUGAAUGAAGAGGGAGUGUUUCCACAGGUGCAUAGGGCUGGUGUCAAGAGUUUCCUUUCACCAGCAUCUUUUCACACCACUUUGGACCCUACUCUGGGGAGACCACCAGCUUCCAAGAUUUGCUUUCUGAAGGCUGUGAGUGGCUACAGUGGGAAGGGCAGGAAAUAUGGACAGUGUUCUAUGCACGGCUCUUUGGAUCCUGGCCAAUAUUGUAUGGUUCCUUAAACCCAUAAUAUCAACCUUGCUUGUGAAGGUUUAUGUUUCAUGCAUUAGAAGUCUACUCGGCUAACCUGCAUAACUGUAAAUCUUGGAAGUAUAUUGUGUGAACACUCAGCAAGCACAAUGUUAUAAAAGCACAUUAGGUUUAUAGUUCUGGACCCUCUUACUGUAGCAGCAAACUCUUGUUUCAGUAGGAUUUCCUACUGAAGAUGCAGGAUCAUAGUUUUAAAAGUGUUGGCAUGACAAAAAUGGUUGUGCCAAUAAGUGGAAGCAAAUACAGCACCGCAAAUGAUGUUAAACAUGUAUCUGAAUUGCAAAAUUUGAAUUUAGGAUUCUGGAUGAGAUUCUCCUUGAGUUUGGAUGUCUCAUAUCAGUGUCUUACACGUUUCUAAUCUAAGGUUGUCAGAUAUCCUGAACAAUUGUUUUAUUUGUUGCAUGAAUGCUGUUACAAAGGCAGUCAAGUUUCAAAUAACAAAAAUAUAUUAAAUAAGAUCCCUGCAUUGCAGGGGCUUGGAUUAGAUGAUCAGCUCUACAAUUCUGUGAUUCCAACACAGUUACAAGGAAUCCUGCUAUAAUUGAAAACAUAUUUAAGUUACACGAAAUCUUAAAUGGACAUAAUGCUAUAUUUAAUUUUUUAACGCAAAUGAAUUAUAUGCUGCCACCUUAAAGGAAACUAUGCUAAGAAGUGAUGGGGCAAAAUGGACCAUGAAGGUCAAGGUCAUGCUGUCUUGUAGCAAAAAAAUGCAGCACAACUGAACCCCCUGGGUAUGUAUGCACAAUUAUAACAGUAUCUGCUUUGUAAUUUCUAUUGGAUUUCCAUUAUCCUGCCUUUUGUGCAACAUUUCCCCCCUCAUAUAUUAAUAAAGCCAUGGUAUUAUAAUUGAAACACCUUUUCUCUUAAAAUGCAGUUGCUGCUGUACAUAGUAAAUGGUGUAUGAUCACAAAGUCCAGCUUUUCAUGGAAUAUAAUGAAUGCCAAAUAUGCAGUAUAUCUGUAAUUAUAUAUAGCUGUAUUUUGUUUUUUAAAGCCACAGAAAUGAUAUUAAAGUGUGUACCUAAAAACACUUUUUAUUAAAUUUUGAAAAUAAAAAUCCUUUAAAACCAACAACAACCCUAAA